UCGGCUGCUGCAGAGGACACCGAACGCUCUGCUCCUACGAGUCUAACCUUUACCAAAAAUGAGCGGCCUGGUUGGGGGCAGCAAGCUCCCCCUAGCUGAAACCACUGUUCCUGACCGUGCCCCGGGGGACCUGAACCUAAACCAGCGCCAGGGGCUUCUUGAGGAAACUGAGGCGGCUCAGGCGAUGGCGGAUGCAGGUGAGCGCGGUCUGGAGGCCGCUGCGGAGGGAGGCGCACCCCGGGAUUCGUCGGACCAUGGCCUGGCGCCCCGAGCCCCAGUCGCUACGAAUAGCGACCUGGCGGCGACCCGAGCAGAGCGGGAAGAUGCUCUUCCUCCCUUCAAGGGCCUGGAGGCAGCCUCCGCCCCGGUGGUAGCUGACGACAGCCAGAAAAAUGGCUGUCAGCUUGGAGAGCCGCGCAGCCCUGCCGGGCAGAAGGCUCUGGAAGCCUGUGGCGCAAAGGGGUUGGGGUCUCAGAUGAUGCCUGGGGCCAAGGCCAAGGAAGUGACGACCAAGAAGUGCGCCAUCUCAGUGGCAGCGGAAAAGGAGGGCGAAGCCGAGGCAGCCAUGGAGGAGAAGAAGGUGGUACAGAAGGAGAAAAAGGUAGCUGCAGGAGGGAAAGAGGAGCCACGACCCAGGGCCCCGAAGAUCAAUAACUGCAUGGACUCUCUGGAGGCCAUCGAUCAAGAGCUGUCAAACGUAAACGCCCAGGCUGACAGGGCCUUUCUCCAGCUCGAGCGCAAAUUUGGGCGGAUGAGAAGGCUCCACAUGCAGCGCAGGAGUUUCAUUAUCCAAAAUAUUCCAGGUUUCUGGGUCACCGCCUUUCGGAACCAUCCCCAGCUGUCACCUAUGAUCAGUGGCCAAGAUGAAGAUAUGAUGAGGUACAUGAUCAAUCUGGAGGUGGAGGAGCUUAAACACCCUAGAGCAGGCUGCAAAUUCAAGUUCAUCUUUCAGAGCAACCCCUACUUCCGAAACGAGGGGCUGGUCAAGGAGUAUGAGCGCAGAUCCUCUGGCCGAGUGGUGUCUCUUUCCACUCCAAUCCGCUGGCACCGGGGCCAAGACCCCCAAGCCCAUAUCCAUAGGAACCGGGAAGGGAACACUAUUUCCAGUUUCUUCAACUGGUUCUCAGAUCACAGCCUCCUAGAAUUCGACAGAAUUGCUGAAAUUAUCAAGGGGGAACUGUGGUCCAAUCCCCUACAAUACUACCUGAUGGGUGAAGGGCCCCGCAGAGGAAUUCGAGGUGCACCAAGGCAGCCUGUGGAGAGCCCCAGAUCCUUCAGGUUCCAGUCUGGCUAAUCAAUGCCCUUGUGCAAAGCUCCUGUACAAGUUUCCUUAUCAACUCCUAUGCUUGGCCAGCAGCAUGCAGUCUUCUGUCUGCUCUCUCUUCGUACUGGAUUAUUUUGUCCUUUAGUUCUAAAUCUUCAACAAUCAGUUACAAGAUUGUCUUCUGUAUGCCUAUGCUCUUCUUUCUCUGGGCCUUCACACUAUUCUGCAUCAUAUUAACAUGUUCCAAGUGCAUGGCCUUCUACUGCUUCUAUUCCAAGCUCACAAUGCUGUAGAUACAUAACUGUCUCUCUGCAUGGCUUGGGUCCUGUCUGUGAUGAUGGUCUUCUCCCAGUGUUUUAAGUGGUUCUCUACCAUAAGGAAGCUUGACACAUCUUCACAAAUAACUAGCCAGGUUUCAUACUUUAUGCUGGCUGUGCUCCUAUAUUCAUGUACUAUCACAAACUCAGAGUUUCACCACUGCAAGAUGAAACUGAAAUCCCAACUCAGCCAUCAACCCAAACUGGACAUUCUAGGUUACCACUAACUGGAUCCCAGCUGCUUUCCUGGGCCUUUGCUAUCCACCAGUUCCAGCUGGUGGGUGACUACUAGCAUGAAUGAAGUAACAGAUGAGGAGUGUUUUGUUAUCAUGUUGAUCUUCUUGUACCUUUGGUUAAUGAGCAUAGUGAUCAGGUACUGGUGAGUAUGAAGUCCUGUACUAUAUAUAGUCCACCCUUAUUUGCACUCUGCUGGUUGAGUUUUACCAGGCCACCAUUAUCUGCCUGCUCAGGAAUAAUCUAUGAAGCUCCCA